AAAAGAUAAGAAUUUGGUACCACAAAAGAUAAGAUCAAACUUGUUCACGCCGUAGAAAAACAAGAAUUUCACCUAUUCAUAAAUUCAUCUGUUGUGUUCGCUGCAAUUUUUCUCCCAGCAGUUCCGUAGUUAAUCUUCCAGCCAUGCCAUCUUCACAAUCCUUAUCGCACAACGAUGAGUCUUUCCAAACCCUAUUGGAAUCGGCCCGUCCCUUCCUCAGAGGCGAGCUUGAAACUAUCAACGAAAAUCUGCCUGAUCUAAUAUCCGUUUUGCGUUCCGUGGGCGCCGGAGAGUGCUGGCACAAACACGGCACCUUUCUUGAUCACCUUGUCGAUUUAUAUCGCAUACUCAAGAUUUGGAAGGCACCUGAAUCAGUUUGUCUCUGUGGUCUUUUUCACUCAGCCUAUUCGAAUUCCUACGUGAAUCUUGCGAUUUUUGAUCCUUCGACUGGCCGAGACACGGUUCGGGCUCACGUUGGUGAUGCUGCUGAGCGUUUGAUUCACUUGUUUUGCAUUGUUCCACGCCAGUCUCUCAUUCAUGAUGAUCUUUUGUUCAAAUACACUGAUUCUGAGCUCAUUGAACACCUUGAACUUUCUGAGAUUUCUUUGAAGAAUGCCAAGGAGAAGAAUCUGUUUAACGAUGACGAACCCUGGAGGCUAAAAUUGCAGUCCCUUUUGCCUGCUCAAGGUAUUUCUGUGAAACAUAUAAAGACUGGUGAAGAUGUAUUGCUUUCGAGGAGAGUUUUUGCAGUUUUUCUUAUGAUGACAAUGGCGGAUUUCAGUGAUCAGCUCUUCAGUUUUCAGGACUCUUUAUUCAACAACUCAGAUGGUCGCUUCGAGUUUUCUGGCAAUAAUGUUUCGACCUUGUGGCCUGGUGAUGGCAAGCCAGGAUUAUGGAUCAACUCCAUUUCAAGAAUGGGUGCAAUAUACUCUCUAAUCCUCCGGGAAGAAGAAAUAUUCAUUGAACAAAGGAGGAAAAAACAUGGUGAUGAGUUGUUAAAAGAUAGAGACGAAGACAUUGAACUCGUGAUACCUCCGGUUUUCAAUUACUGCACGCGAAUUUUGGAUUCGAAAGACCAGAUUAUUGCACGAGAUUUGUACUGGGAAGCCGUUUGCUAUAACGUGUCGACAAAGACCGGGCUGAAGAGAGCUGAGGAGAUGUUAUUGAGGUCUUUAGAGAAAAACCCAUUUGUUGGAGAGCCUUGUGUGGUUUUGGCUCAGAUUUAUUUGAGUGAAGGGAGGUUUGAGGAGGCUGAGAAAGUGGCUGAGAAGGGGGUGAGACUUUUGGUAGAAUGGGGGAGUCCAUGGGACAAGAGAAUGUCAUGGGAAGGAUGGAUUGCUUGGUCAAGGGUUUUAUUGACGAAGGCUAAGGAGAGAUCAUGGCCUAACACUUCUUGGGGCAUCCUCAAUUUGGGUCUUGUUAGGUAAAGUUUUAGUUGAUUAGCUGAUUUCAUAUUGAUGUAUCCAUUAACAGGGUUGAUAUAUCUCAACUUUAGUUUGUUAUUGGAAUUUAUAUCAGCUGAUUUUACUACAUAGUCACUAGCGUGUUUCUUUGAUAAAUAAUAAAUGGAAUAAGAACAUGAUUCUGAUUCAAGUACAUUUUCACAAAAAAA